UAUACUACAAACAAUCUCAUUGAUUCAGUCAAUUUAAUCAUGUCAAACCCAGAAGAACUAAUUGCAGAGGUAUGUAUUCUGUUUUCCGAAUCCCGUCCCACCCCUAUUUCCCGAUGCGAUUUGAAGCUUAUCAGCAGCCGGUAUACUAACAAACACACCCAUCGAUCCACCAAUUUUAUUGCAUCAGGCCAACAAGAAGCUGAAGAAGAGCUCUGGGCUGUUUUCCUCCUUUCUCGGAGGCUCCAGUGUUUCCAAGUAUGAAGAUGCGUCCGAUUUAUUGACACAAGCAGCUAACCUAUACAAACUUCAACGUCGAAGUGUUGAAGCAGGGCGUUCGUUUGAACAGGCUGCAGAUUGUCAGCUCAAAGCAGAAUCUCCCGACGAAGCGGCCAAUACUCUUGUAGAGGCCUUCAAAUCCUACAAAUUAGAGGCACCGGAACAGGCUGCGAACUGCUUGGAAAAGGCCAUCGGUAUGUUUGUUCAAAGAGGGCAAUUCAGAAGAAGUGCCAAUUUCAAGACAGACUUGGGAGAGCUUUAUGAGAAUGAGCUACAAGACAUAAAGAAAGCCAUCCAAAGUUAUGAGGAUGCGAGCGAAUGGUAUAAGGGAGACUCGGCAACGGCAUUGUCUAACAAAUGCGCAUUAAAGGCGGCCGACUUGUAUUGUGAUGAUUCAAUCAAGGAUUACACGAAGGCUGCGACGACGUACGAAAGGGUGGCAAAGGAGUCGUUAAACAACAGUCUUGCUAAAUGGUCGCUUAAGGAAUACUUUUUGAAGGCCAUUUUGUGCAGACUCGCGGACAGCAAUGACUAUGCAAGUGCUAAUGCGGUUCUGCAAAGGUUUUUACAAUGGGACCCAAGCUUCCAAACGACGAAGGAGUACGAACUAGCAUCCAAGCUUAUAGACGCAGUGAAAGACGGAAGCUCUGAUGACAUUGCACUUGCAUCGAAGAAUUUCGACAAGUUUUCAAGACUUGACGGAAUGAAGGUGAGAAUCCUAAAUACGAUCAAGAGCAACGUUGUUGCAGCUCCUGCAGACAUCGACGAGGAUUUUACUUAGUUUUUUUGGCCUCCGUAGGAGUUCUCCACCAGUGUAUAGACCCCUACCUUUUUAUCAGACUAUGCUCCAUCCUUUUUAUGUGUUUCUUUUCUUUUGUAGUUUAAACGUAUGACUAUAACUUAGGUUGAUUUAGGGUAAGAAAUUGUACAAAAUUGCGGCUUUAGAAUUUUAUCCAUUCAAAACCAGAUUUAAAGUAGUAAGUAUCUUUGGCAAGAAGCUAGAACUGGUGACAG